UGAGGGAGAGUCAGAGAAGGUGGAGUGAAGGCUACAGACUGUGCUGACAUAGAGUGGUCCAGGGCUUUGAUUCUUCUCGGCCCGGCGGCUGACUUUAACGGCUGCGUACCUCUGUGCGAGGUCAACCGCAAUCUUGGAUCACAAACCAGAAGGAGAGGAGAGGGAAACGGGCAUUGGACGGGAAUGCGAGAGGAAUAAAAGAGAUUGCUGAUCGCUAAAGAAAAAGGGAGCGACGUCGCACGCGAGAGUCACCGAGGAGGAGACAGACCCCGGCCAGACGACCCGUUAGCGCGGACGCAGGGAGCAACGAGGGGGAGGAAUUAACGGGAGAAAGCCUGAUAAAUAACACUAGAGAGGGGAGACGUUAUCACUAGGCAGGCAUGGCAGAUGCAGACCUGGACUUCCAGACAGGUGAUGCCGGGGCAUCCGCCACCUACCCCAUGCAGUGCUCGGCCCUGCGCAAAAAUGGCUUUGUUGUGCUGAAAGGCCGACCCUGCAAGAUCGUUGAGAUGUCCACCUCCAAGACCGGCAAGCACGGCCACGCCAAGGUCCACUUGGUUGGUAUCGACAUCUUCUCUGGUAAGAAGUAUGAAGAUAUCUGUCCUUCCACCCAUAACAUGGACGUCCCCAACAUCAAGAGAAUGGACUACCAGCUGAUUGGAAUCCAAGAUGGCUACCUGUCCCUGCUCCAGGACAGCGGGGAGGUGAGAGAGGACCUGAAGAUUCCUGAGGGAGACCUGGGCAAAGAGAUAGAGAGCAAGCACGAAGCCGGAGAGGAGAUCCUGAUCACCGUUCUAAAUGCCAUGGAGGAAGAAGCUGCAAUUGGCAUCAAAGCCUUGGGUAAAUAAGCCACUGCAGGUAAAUACAGAGCUACAGCUGUAUCUACUACUGCCUGACCCAAGCCUGCCUGAAGACGAGUGUGUGUGUGUGUGUGUGUGUGUGUGUGUGUUCACCAUCCGCAUGUGCCAUGCCAGAGCAAGAGUGUGUGAUGUCACGUACAUGUACAAUUUAUUGUUCAUCAGUGGACCAAGGGGAAGGCAACUCUGGUCAGCAAGAUCCAAGGCUGUUGCUGAGGUUUGAUGUUUAGAUGUUAACUGCAGUAUUAUAGAAAAAACAACAUUUUAAAAUGUUAUUCACGAUUAUGCAUAUCCACGAUACUGUAUAUAUUCAUGUUUUCCCACAUUAUUGCAUUGCGUAAGGACAUUUUUUGUGUAUAUAUUUGUUUAAACUGGACAUAAGACUAAUCAGCUGAAAUAUGAAAAUUUCUAAUUGAGAACUGUAACUAAUUCAAUGAGUGUAUUCAAAAUUUAAAGCCUGUAUGAAGCAUGUCACUGUGGAUUUGCCUACCCCUUAAUGUACUUUUUGUUUCAUCUUGACACUACUAUGAGCAUGUGUAUCAUUCUUACGUAGCACUAUCAGAUAUAAAUGAAAGCUUAUUGUUCAUAUGUAAUUUUAAACAAUUUGUCUUUUCUGUGGGUUGCACAUAAUUUUACAGCCUGAUCUAGCCAGUUUCUUCCUGUGUCCACUGCUUCUUUCAGAAACAGCCUGUAGCAUUGUUGUGACUGUCGGGUGAAACUGUUUUAUGCACUUUCUUUCCUGCACUUUCUCACCUUAAAACUGUGCCCACAAAAAAAUCUGUCAAAAACUGUCGGUGGUGCAGUGUUUCCUCUGCAGAGGCUAGUUAAAACGCCGCCUUGUUAAAAUACAUUUCCCUGGUUUUGUUUUGUUUUUUUCUUCAGCAUCUUCCUCCUCUGACUUUUCUUUCCUCUAUCUUCUCAUUCCUCCCCCAUGUAAUUCUGUUUCAGGGGCAAACGAGAUGCACUGGACCUGGGGAAAAGGAGGGGAUGUUGCCUCGUCAAUGCUAUUCUCCCUCUUUUUUCUUUCUUUUUGUCUUUGUUUUUCAUACUCUCUCUCCCUCACUCUGUUUUCUGGCCCUCCUUUGGGUUCAGUUAGAACUUUAAUAAAUAAUUGGAAAUGUCAAACGGUAAACAAACAUUCUCUAUGUACGUGCACACAUAAUAAGCCACAUCUGAGUCCAGACGUACAGGUGUAAAAAGAUAGAAAGGUCAUAGAGGAAGGUCCUCUGAGGACUGAGGUCUGCAAAUAUUCAGUAGCUACCUACCAUCAGGGGAAAGAAAGGUGGUGAUAAUGUCACAGCUGUUUUGUUUUUUUUAUAUGUUCCCCUGUUUUAUGAAGGGCUUCAAAUCUAGAUCUGCAUUGUUCUGUUGACGUUUAUUUUAUCACCUGGAACUUGUCUAUUAAACAAAGGUUACCAACAUGGCA